AUGCGGGGUGUGCAGAUCUUCUCGGGCACGUCGCAUCCCGGCCUCGCAGACACUGUCUGCGAGCGCCUGGGCACCUCGCCCGCCAAAGCUGACUUGGGCAAGUUCGCCAAUGGUGAGACCAGCGUCAACAUCUGCACCUCGGUCCGCAACCAGGAUGUCUAUAUUGUGCAGAGCGGGAGUAGCAAGAUCAAUGACAGCGUCAUGGAGCUGCUCAUCAUGAUCUCCGCCUGCAAGGGUGGCUCGGCCAAGUCUAUUACCGCGGUCAUGCCAUAUUUCCCCUACUCGCGUCAAUCCAAAAAGAAGAGCCAUCGCGGCGCCAUCACAGCUCGGAUGCUGGCCAACCUGCUCUCGAUCGCCGGCGUCGACCAUGUCAUCACCAUGGACCUGCACGCAUCCCAGAUGCAAGGUUUCUUCGGGAAACCGGUCGACAACCUCUUCGCUGAGCCAUUCAUUGCUCGCUGGAUCCGCAUAAACGUGGCCGGCUGGCGCGAUGCUGUCGUAGUCAGCAAGAAUGCUGGCGGUACUAAACGGGUCACUUCGCUGGCCGACACACUGAAGUUGAACUUUGGAAUUGUGACGACCGACCGCAGGCGGCCCAAGGUCUCCACCAACGCCAUGUCAGACAGCACCGUCUUUUUCGAUGCUGUAGAAGCUGACCGACUCCCUCGGGACCAGCAGCCAUUUGAGCUGCACCUCCAGAGCGCCGUGGCCACGCCGCCUAUCCUUGAAGAGGCCGAGCCCCUGGAGGCCGCAAAUGACUAUACCGACGUGCGGGUGCGGGACGUCAUCACGGGCCGGUUGGUGCAGGGCCAGUUGGUCGACGACGACUAUCACCCUAAGUCCGAGUCGCUGUCUGGGGGCACCACCCCGGGUGCAUCGAGUGCGAACCUGGAGAACACGGAGGUGGUUCCGGAAACCAUGACGAACUCGAUGAUGUCCAACACCUCUUCGCUCCCGCCCGACCACGCAUUGGGUGGCUCUUUUGAUGCUGCGGAGUCGGAUGACGAGGCCAGCGAUGCUGGAGGCGAGCAUGAGCGGACCAUCACGUUGGUUGGCGAGGUCCGCGACCGGCCAGUCUUCAUUGUGGACGACAUGAUUGAUAAGAGCGGGUCGUGGAUUGCGGCCGCCGAGACCGUGGUGAAACGCGGCGGCGCGGCCAAGGUGUACUGCAUUGCGACCCACGGCCUCUUUGGCGCUGAGUCGCUGGACCAGAUGGAGGCAUGUCCGUCGAUUGACCACAUCGUGGUGACCAAUACCUUCCCUAUCUCGCCGUCUAUGGUUCGACGAUCGAAGAAGUUGAUUGUCAUUGACGUGUCGAGCCUGCUUGCGGAGAGCAUCCGGCGACACCACUAUGGUGAGAGUGUCUCGGCCCUCUUCCACCUUAACGACUGA